CCAUAUACCAGCUCUGGUGAUCCGUCCUGGCCCUAUGGUCUGCUCAGUGCCUGUAUGGGGACACUAAAGCACUGAAAUCACUUGAUUUAGCAGCAGUUAUGGAUUUAUGUGGAAGUACUACAUUACCUAAACCAUGAGAUGGACACGAUCAAGUUAUGUGUCCAUACUGUUAGUUAGAUUUCAUUAAAGGAGGGACAGUUGGACUGAUGGUGCUUGAUUAAGGACACACUUAAGUAACUAGUGCAUCCAGAAAAUGACCCUUUCCGAUUUCCUUGGGGCUUUGAAGGACAACCCCUACUUUGGGGCAGGCUUUGGGUUGGUUGGUGUGGGCACAGCUCUUGCAGUUGCCAGGAAGGGGGCACAGAUAGGCAUGAUCUUCUUCAGGAGGCAUUACAUGAUCACUUUAGAGGUUCCCAGCAAAGAUAAGAGUUACCACUGGUUGUUGAGCUGGAUUACCAAACAUGCCAAGCAUACACAGCAUCUGAGUGUGGAGACUUCAUACAUGCAGCAUGAGAGUGGACGGGUGCACACACAUUUUGACUUCCACCCAAGUCCUGGAAACCACAUCAUUUGGUAUGGGCGUAAGUGGAUAAGGGUGGAGAGGACCAGGGAGAAACAGAUGGUGAAUCUGAACACAGGAGUACCUUGGGAAUCUGUCACGUUUACUGCCCUUGGCCGAAACAGGCAGAUAUUUUUUAAUAUACUGCAAGAAGCUCGAGAGCUGGCUCUAAAGCAGGAGGAGGGUCGGACAGUGAUGUAUACUGCUAUGGGAGCAGAAUGGAGGCCGUUUGGCUUCCCCCGCCGCCGCCGACCAUUAUCCUCUGUUGUCCUGGAGGCUGGGGUGGCCGAGAGGCUUGUGGAUGAUGUAAAGGAAUUCAUCAGUAAUCCAAAGUGGUAUACUGACAGAGGAAUUCCAUACAGAAGGGGGUAUCUAUUGUACGGACCUCCAGGAUGUGGAAAAAGCAGCUUCAUAACAGCACUGGCUGGGGAACUGGGCUACAGCAUCUGUUUGAUGAGUCUUAGUGAUCGCAGUCUGUCAGAUGACCGAUUGAACCACCUGCUGAGUGUGGCUCCACAACAGAGUAUCAUUCUUCUGGAGGAUGUAGAUGCUGCUUUUGUCAGUCGGGAGCUGCGGCCCACUGAGAACCCUUUGGCUUAUCAGGGCAUGGGACGGCUCACCUUCAGUGGACUCCUCAAUGCUUUGGAUGGAGUUGCUUCUUCUGAGGCCAGAAUUGUCUUUAUGACUACUAAUUUCAUUGAGAGACUUGACCCAGCUUUGAUAAGACCUGGACGUGUGGACCUGAAGCAGUAUGUUGGCCACUGCACGCACGACCAGCUAACUCAGAUGUUCCGGAGAUUCUACCCACUGGAGCCAACGUCCGAGGGGGAAAGAUUUGCAAAGUGUGCCCUAACAGCCCACUCAGAGCUCAGUGCGGCUCAAGUACAGGGUCACUUCAUGCUUUAUAAAAUGGACCCUGUUGGCUCUAUUGACAACGUAGAAAAAAUGAAAGUUUGAGGAACAGGUGGAGGAAGUGGGAAUAGAGACUGUGAACAAGAAUCAGUCAUAAAGGGACAAUGGUGGAUAUUUCUAGACAAUUUUUGAUAAAUAAAAUCUACAAUAGAA